AUUUGAUGACAUGUGUAGUAGAGCCAGGCCAUUUCUGGCAGCGAUUUUGCUGCAGUUUGGAUAUGCAGGGUUGGCAGUAAUUUCUAAGUUUGCCCUAAAUAAGGGCAUGAGCCCACACGUAUUAGUAGUCUAUCGUCACGCUGUUGCCACUGUUGUUAUUGCUCCUUUUGCCAUUGUUCUUGAUAGGAAAGCGAGGCCAAAAAUGACUCUCUCUACCUUCUUUAAGAUAUCGCUGCUCGCCCUCUUGGAGCCCACAAUCGACCAAAAUUUGUUCUACACAGGCAUGAAAUAUACCAGUGCCACAUUCACAUUUGCCAUGAGCAAUGUUCUCCCUGCCUUCGUAUUUUUGAUGGCUUGGCUCCUGAGGAUUGAGAGGGUUAAAAUUAGGAGCCUGCACAGCCAGGCAAAGAUAAUGGGCACCGUAGUAACAGUAGGAGGAGCAAUGCUUAUGACUCUAGUUAAAGGACCUACGAUUGAUUUUCCAUGGACAAAAGUAAGUGACCAUCAACAAUCUGCAGCCACUUCCACUAUGGAACAUCCAAUUGAAGGUGCAAUUUUGAUUGCAGUGGGCUGCUUUUGCUGGGCUGCUUUCGUCAUUCUUCAAGCAAUUACACUGAAAUCGUAUCCCACUGAACUCUCCCUCACGGCUUUGAUUUGCUUGAUGGGCACCAUUGAAGGCACCGUAGUUGCCUUGGUAAUUGAAAAAGGCAAUCCUUCAGUCUGGUCUAUACAUUUCGAUUACAGUCUCUUGGCUUGUCUUUACGGUGGAGUAAUAUGUUCAGGAUUGGGUUAUUAUAUUCAGGGUGUGAUAAUGAAGAAGAAGGGACCAGUUUUUGUCACUGCUUUUAGUCCUCUAAGCAUGGUGAUUGUGACAAUUAUGGGCUCAUUUCUAUUAGCUGAGAUCAUGUGUUUAGGAAGGAUUAUUGGAGCAAUUGUGAUUGUGCUGGGGCUUUACUCGGUUUUGUGGGGAAAGAGCAAGGAUGAAACCCCAUCAACUCCAGGCAUCAGUGAGGCUGAAUUAUCAGUUGAUCUUCAUCAUCAACAACAAAUGGCUAAAAUGAGUAGCGGAGUGGGGAGUCUGAAUGAAGAUUCAAUUGAUGUUUGAUGGUAAAAUUUAGCAUCGAAAAAACAAAAUAUUCCAUGCAUGCAUGGGAUGUGUGUCUUCUUGAUUUGUUUUCAGAUACGGCAGCACAAUCCUGCUUCAUCUUUGCAGCUGCAGCUUAGCUUCCUCAACUUGUAGGUUGUACUGUUUUUUGGUUGAUGCUUAAUAUUUAUUAAAGCUCUGACUUGCUCUUCA